GACAACAUUGGCACAAAAAGUGGUACGUGAGUGCGUGCGCGCGUGCAUCACGGCAUCCGGGGCGACAGACAAAUCAAUGUGUUGUGAUGUGUUGAAUAAUCUGCGGAGCUGUGACCGGUUACCUAAUAAAAGAGAGAACCUUGCAGACGUGCCAGCACAUUUUUGUCUUGUAUUUGAUAAUGAACUAGCAUAUUUGUCAACUUGUAUCGUUGUCAACGGAAUAUUUGCAUUGUCUCAACAUGGGGCUGUCUGUGUCGAAAUCAGAUUUUGCCUGGGUGUACACGGAUGAACCGCAUUUCACGAGGAGGAAGGAAAUGUUGAAAAAAUACCCAGAAAUCAAGCGCUUGAUGGGCCAUGACGUGAAUAUUGCUUACAUCAUGGUCAUCAUGGUGAUUUUCCAAGUCACCACGGCGUACCUGCUGAAGGACCAGGCCUGGACGACUAUUUUUGUUGUGGCCUACUGCUUUGGCGGGGUUGUCAACCAUGCCAUGUCCCUUGCACUCCACGAGGUCGGACACAACUUGGCCUUCGGUCACAGUCGGCCCAUGUGGAAUCGGGUCAUUGGGUUCAUCGGUAACUGCAUCAUCGGCGUGCCUGUGUCCGUCUCCUUCAAAAGGUACCACCAGGAUCAUCAUCGCUAUCAGGGUGAGGAGUCGCUGGACCCAGACCUGCCGUCAGAGUGGGAGGGCUACCUCUUCCGCAACGCCCCAACCAAGGCCAUCUGGAUGCUGCUGCAGCCUUUCUUCUACGCCUUCCGCCCCAUGUUGCGGCGCCCCAAGGCGCCCACCCGCCUGGAGGUCAUCAACUACGCCGUGCAGAUCGUCUUCAACGCUGCCAUCAUCUACUUCUUCAACCUGAAGGCCUACCUGUACCUGCUCAUCGGCACCAUCACGGUCAUGGGGAUCCACCCGAUGGCUGGCCACUUUGUCUCGGAGCACUACCUCUUCAAGGAGGGCCACGAGACCUACUCGUACUACGGACCGUACAACUACAUUGCCUUCAAUGUUGGGUAUCACAUGGAACACCAUGACUUCCCUAACAUUCCUGGGAACAAGCUUCCUUUGCUGAGGAAGAUAGCUCCAGAUUACUACGAUGUGUUGCCUACCCAUGAUUCCUUUGCCAUGGUAGUGUGGAACUUCAUCUUCAAUCCGUCAUUUGGUCCCUAUGCACGCUACAAGCGGCCAGAUUCGAUGGACCCCAAGAACAUAGAUGCCUGGGAGAAGUACAUGUACGCGUAUUGAUGUUACAGCUGUAGUCACCGGUUUAUUUAAUUGCAAGAAAAGUCCUACACAUUGAAUGUACAGGGUCCCCGGGAUGGUGUCACGGCAUUGUGCAGUGGUUUCGAGGAAAAAUUGUGCCAACUGUAAGUUUAUGUCACCAGGCAGGCAUUGCAUGUGUGCAUUGGGAUGCAAACAAGGCAGUUGUUUUGAAGAUAGCAUGAUGCUUACUUUGUUCACUUACUAUGGAUGAAGGCUGUGUUAGGAAAUUGGAAACAUGACAGUGUCAUGACACUGACCCUGUAUGGACUUUUUACACAUCAGAAGAGCAACCUUUAUCAUUUCGGUCAGAACAGUGGACUGAUUACACCGGCUAAGUCAUGUGACCUAUAGUGGGUAUUACUCUUAUAGCAAAGUGUGUUUUAAGUGUUGCUUACCAAAACUAUUUUCCCUAGAGUGCUCAGCUUAGUUGCCCGAGUACCAUACUGACCAUAACUCUAGUUUUGGUAAACGACACUUAUGACACACUUUGCUAUGGGGGUGGAGAGACGCCAUGGUUGUUGAUAUUGAUACCCACUAUAAGUCACUCGACUUGGCAGGCUCAAUCGGUCCAUUGGAUCAAACGGUGCUGAUUACAUUGAUAGGUUUUGCACCAGCACAUCAUGACAGGGUUCUCCCCAGGAUUUUUCAAAACUGUCGGGGAUUUCCAUUGUGGUGUACCAACAUUUUGUAAAGCCAUGGCAUGGAAAUAUCAUCCCCGUUGUAGAUGCCAUUAAUACUGUUACACAGGGCUAGGCUGCCGCCAUGGAAAAAAAAAUGUUUGGGGUCGAUGUAAGUUCUGCAGAUGGUGUAGUAUAAAAUGUUAACCUUCGUAAGUGCAGCCCCAGAAGCGUAUUGAGCACACGGCACAGAGAAAACACAGAUGCACGCAGGUGCAUGUAUGAUGCCCAUGAUGGAAGCUGAGAUCUCAAGCAACACCGGCCAUGAGGAACAUUUGGUGCCGAUGUACAUGUACGGUGUGCAGUGUGGCCGCCAACGCGCGGUGCACUAUGCAUGUACUCUGUAGGCUACCUGCUGUAUGUACAUGUACAUGGAAAAAUGCAGGACUAUUAACUGCUUUUUCAUCUAGAUUUUUCGGACAUGCAAUCUGCAUUAUGUA